AUGAGAGAAUAUACCAGUAAAAAAGAACUAAAGGAAGAGAUUGAAAAAAAAUAUGAAAAAUAUGAUGCAGAAUUUGAAACAAUCUCUGAAUCUCAAAAAGACGAAAAAGUUGAAACAGUGGAUAGAACACCCUCUGAAAACCUCUCUUAUCAAUUGGGCUGGGUUAAUUUAUUAUUAGAGUGGGAAGCAAAGGAAAUUGCUGGGUAUAAUGUGGAAACUCCUGCGCCUGGUUAUAAAUGGAACAAUUUAGGAGGAUUAUACCAGUCAUUUUAUAAAAAAUACGGAAUCUACUCCAUUAAGGAGCAAAGAGCCAAGCUGAGAGAGGCCGUAAACGAGGUCUAUAAAUGGAUAUCUACUUUAUCUGAUGAUGAGCUCUUUCAAGCGGGAAAUAGAAAAUGGGCUACAACUAAAGCUAUGUGGCCUGUGUAUAAAUGGAUCCAUAUCAACACGGUUGCUCCUUUCACAAACUUUAGAGGAAAAAUUAGAAAAUGGAAGAGACUAGUGCCUGAAGAACAACGCAUAAAAAGGAGGAAGAUAUAA